AUGCCUUCUCAUUUUGACACCAUUCAAUUACACGCUGGUCAAGAAAAUCCAAGUGAUAACGCUCACAGACCAAGAGCUGUUCCAAUUUAUUCUACCACUUCUUACUGUUUUGAAAAUUCAAAACAUGGUGCUCAAUUGUUUGGUCUAGAGGUUCCAGGUUACGUUUACUCCAGAUUCCAAAAUCCAACUUCUGCUGUUCUUGAAGAUAGAAUUGCUGCUUUAGAAGGUGGUGCUGCAGGUCUUGCUGUUGCAUCUGGUCAAGCUGCUCAAACUUUAGCCAUUCAAGGUCUAGCUCAUAACGGUGAUAACAUUGUCUCUACUUCUUUCUUAUACGGUGGUACUUAUAAUCAAUUUAAAGUUACCUUUAAAAGAUUUGGUAUCGAAGCCAGAUUUGUCGAAGGUGAUGAUCCAGCUGAUUUUGAAAAAUUAUUCGAUGAAAGAACAAAAUGUGUUUAUUUAGAAUCUAUUGGUAAUCCAAAAUAUAACGUUCCAGAUUUUGAAAAAAUUUGUGAAGUUGCUCACAAACAUGGUAUUCCAGUUGUUGUUGAUAAUACUUUCGGUGCCGGUGGUUAUUUCUGUCAACCAAUUAAGUGGGGUGCCGAUAUUGUUACACACUCUGCUACUAAAUGGAUUGGUGGUCACGGUACUACUAUUGGUGGUUUAAUUGUUGAUUCUGGUAAAUUUCCUUGGAAGGAUUAUCCAAAGAAAUUCCCACAAUUCUCUGAACCUGCAGAAGGUUACCAUGGUACCAUUUAUAACGAAGCUUACGGUAAUCUAGCUUACAUUGUUCAUGUUAGAACUGAAUUACUAAGAGAUUUAGGUGCUUUACAAAAUCCAUUCGCUUCUUUCCUAUUAUUACAAGGUAUUGAAACUUUGUCUCUAAGAGGUGAAAGACAUGGUCAAAAUGCUUUGGCUCUAGCAAAAUGGUUAGAUGCCUCUCCAUAUGUUUCUUGGGUCUCUUACCCAGGUUUAGAAUCUCACUCUCACCACACUAAUGCAAAGAAAUAUCUAACAAAUGGUUUCGGUGGUGUAUUAUCCUUUGGUGUUAAGGACUUACCAAAGGCCGAAAGUGAAACUGAUCCAUUUAAACUUGCUGGUGCUCAGUGUGUCGAUAACUUGAAAUUGGCCUCUAACUUGGCCAACGUAGGUGAUUGUAAGACUUUAGUCAUUGCUCCAUAUUUCACCACUCAUCAACAACUAUCUGAAGAAGCUAAAUUAGCUUCUGGUGUCACUAAGGACUUGAUUCGUGUCUCCGUUGGUACCGAAUUUAUUGAUGAUAUCAUUGCUGAUUUCCAACAAUCUUUUGAAAAGAUUUUCGAUGGUAAAAUUCCAAACUAA